AUGGCUUCUCUAUUGAAAAACGUUGUCCUCAUCGGGGCAUCCGGUGACAUUGGCAGAAUAAUUCUCGACUCUCUCGUCGAAUCCGGACUGUUCAACGUUACAGUACUCACAACAGGCUCGAAGACUGUCACAUACCCCCCAACGGUUCGAGUCCGCAAGUCCGACUUUUCAGACCACGAACUUGAAUCCGCUUUUACCGGCCAGGAUGUUGUCAUUUCAGUGGUGGGCAUGGCGGCCUUGACUGACCAAAAGAGAUACAUUGAUAUCGCUGUGAAAGUUGGGGUGAAACAUUUCAUGCCAUCUGAAUUCGGUGCAAAUGCGUCAAAUGAUGCUGUCCUGGAGCUGCUUUCCAUUUUUCAAGGAAAGAGAGAUGUUUAUGAGUAUCUUAAGACCAAGGAGUCGAAGGAUUUCAGUUGGACGGCACUCGGAACAUCAAUCUUACUUGACUGGUCUCUUGCUAGCGGAAUCGGCGGAUACUAUAUUGACACUCAUACUGCAACAAUCUGGGACGACGGCAACAAGCCGUUCACCAUGAUCACAGCCAAACAAAUGGGAAGGGCUGUAAUCUCAAUCCUUCAACAACCAGAAAAGGCCGCCAAUCAGUAUAUCCUCGUCGCUUCACUGGUUACAACCCAAAACGAGAUUCUCGCCGCACUGGAAAAGGCUACAGCUAGCACAUGGGAAGUACUACAUACCACUACAGAAGAGCAGCUCCGUGAAGCCACCGAAAGCAUCAACAAAGGUGAUUUUGGUGGUUUCUAUACCAUGGGUAGAGCGAGCAUGUACGCUGCCAAGGAGGGGUUGGGAUCUGAUUAUACCAAGGAGGAAAAGUUUGCCAAUGACUUACUGGGACUGAAGAUGGAGAAAUUGGAAGAUAUUAUCAAUCUGGCGAUACACUUGAAAUCAGUUAAUUUUGACUAA